GACAACGAUUUAAUGUGCCGAUUAUAUCGCGACUGGAGCCAUGUGCAGAGUCGAGGACUCUAAGGAACAGCGUCCCAGUCAAAGAUCUAGCCAAAGCGAAGCCAAUAGAAGUAUUUGAAGCUGAAACUGUUUGGAGGAUUGAGGCAUGCCACCAAAGCGAAGACGUCGAUUUCAUGGCCUUUAUUACCAUUCAUCGCCGCCAAAGGUUAUGCCAAUGAACGGACAGGCGGCGGGCCCCAAUGGCGUUAAGCGGCGUGAGAACGAUGAUUUCUCGGUGAAGCUAUCGACCAUUCGAAUCUGGAUACACGAAAAGGACAUUGCCAAGCUGACACGCAUUCUGUGGGCGGGCCAGGGACAACGUCUCUGCCAGCAGGCCAGCAACAAUGGGCGUGUUAAGCGAUUCCUCGCCGCUGUGCCCCAUGUCAUGAAUGCUAGCAAGGAUCUGCAUCAGGCGGUGAUUGACAACAAUCUGGAGACACUGCAAUCGCAGCUGGAGCCUCCGGUGCCCGCUGCGCUCGUGACAGCCAAGGAUGGCAACGGUUUGAAUGUCAUACACAAGGCCGCGGGCCUCGGACAUACGAAGAUCUUGGAGUAUCUCAUCGGGCUGUGGCCGGAGGGGGCACAUGAGAUCGAUAUUACGGGCAAGACACCGCUGCAUUGGGCUGCCAGUGCCAAGAACAAUAUGCGCUGCUAUACGCUGCUCACCCAGGCUGGCUGCGAUGAGGAGGCCUUGGAUUACAAAAUGAAGACGCCCGUCUACUAUCGCCACAAGCCGCACGAAAUCGAGCGAGCGUUCCUUGUCUAUGUGCCCGAGGCGCCGCGCAUCUCCCCCGACAGCGUCACCGACUGGGAGGCUCUCAGCGAUGAGGGUAACGACAGCAGCGUUGGCGGCGACGCCAGUCGAAGCAGCAGCAAACAGAGCAAGAAGUUGAACAUUAAACCGACGGCCGCUGUAAAUGGUCGUAAAUCGUUGGAUGACAGUGCCGAGAACACCUCGGAAUUGGACACGAAUGAUGGUACAAGUGCCAAUGAGGAUGAUGAUUUGUCCAAGGCGGAUGCGGAAGUGGAACCGUUGCCAUCGCAGCAACGUCGACCGGAAACGCCAGCUGCAUUGGCCGCCGCUGGCGAUGCCAGCGAUGCAGCCGAUGCUGGCGAUACCGAGAGCGAAGCUGAGAAUAUUGCAAGAGCUGUAAGCGAUGAUGAUAAGAUUGAGGCAGAGCCAGCAGCUGAGGAGAACCCAACGGAGGCGGAAGCGGAAGCGGAGACGGAGACAGAGACAGAGAUGGAGAAUGGCACAGCAACUGAAGAGGCCGAAGAGACAAACGGAUUGAAUGAGAUUGAUGAUAAUGUUGAUGAUGUUGAUGCUGAGAGUGAGCAAAAUGCAACUGAAAAGACUGAAGCAAUUGAGAACGAUGUGGAAACAGUAGCCGAGGCAGAACCCGAACCCGAAUCGGAACCAGAACCUGAGAUUGAAAAAGAAAAGCAAGCGGAGACGGAAGCAGAAGUGCAGCUGACAAACGGCGACGUUGCUGGGGAAAAUGUGGAGCCAGAGAAAACUGCUGAUGACGAGGAUGAAGAGGACGAUGAUGAGGAUGUGAUAGCGCCGACGCCAAGCGGAAGCCAACAACAAGAGCAGCAACAAGCGAAGCAACAGGAGCAGCAACCGGCCGAACUGGAUCAGGAUCUGGUGCCGGACAAUGAUGGUGGCGACUCGCUAACCUCCUCGCUGGCCAUUGAGGGCUUUGUCCAAGGCGCCUCCGAGGAUUAUACAGUUCAGUCUCAAACUGCAGCUUAUGAAGUCGAUGAAGAUGCGCGACUGCAGGAGAUUAUUGAGUCCGGCGACAUGGAGCAGUUAGCGGAGAUUGUGCUGAAUGGCGAGGGCGGACGUUUGCUUAGUCUGAAGUCCAAGGAGCCUGAAAUCCAAGCAUUUCUCAACAAUGUCCCCAGCUAUAUGGAGAAAAUCCAUCGCGUGCAUGACGCGGCACGUGACGGCAGUUUGUUGGCGUUGCAGCAGGCUUUGGAUCGCCGGAAGUUUGCCAUUGCCAAGAACGACAUAUCGCCAAAUGGUGCAACACCAUUGCACGUUGCCGUUCUCUUUGGACACAGCGAUAUUGUACGCUAUUUGGCUUCGCGCUUUCCGGAGACCAUGGAAAUUACGGAUAAUGACGGACGCACGGCGCUCCACUAUGCGGCCACAAUUAAGGACAAUGGCCACUUCUACAACGUCCUGUCGCAGCUGGGCGCCAAUCCAAAGGCUGUGGACAAGCUGGGACACACGCCCGAGUUCUAUGUGGAUAUGGAUAAAUCCAAGGAUGUGCUCACCUACUCGGAGCUCUUGACCAUUUUUGGGGCCGAGGAAAUGGAGAACCAGUUGCUCAGCGAUCAAGGUCAGGCGCAGCCUGUGAGCUUUCAGGCGAAUCCCAUCUUCAAAACGGAGCAAGGAAAAUAUCUGGCAGACACAUUGGCCGAUCCCUUGAUCAAGGCAUUAACAGAGAUUGCCAACAAGCGUCCCAAGGAUCCCGUUGCCUAUCUGGCCAAUUAUCUGCAGCAUUUCAUGGACGAACGCAAACCCAUCACAGAGGCAGAAGUUCACUCGGGCAGCAGCAGCAAGACGAGCAGCAAUUCAACGGCUUUGGCCAGCUCCAACUCCAAGAUGAAUGGUAAUCGCAUUGCCAACAAUCGCCCACAACUUGUGGAACUCGAUGCACGUUCGCUGGUCGAGCAACAGCAGCUGCAGGAGGAGGAUGAUGACGAGGACGGCGCUCUGGCUGUGCAACAUAUGGAGGAACGGGAUGAGCAUGGCCAGAGCAUGUUGCACUUUGCCUGUGCUCGUUCGCAUCGUCGUGGGGCGCUCUACACGCUCAUCGAGGAGUCACGCAUCGAUAUCACCUACAGGGAUGAGUUGUAUCGUACGGCCAGAGAUGUCGCUUUGCAGGCGAAUCAGCCCAAUAAUGCUGCCGAAAUCGAUAGAUUUCUGCUCGCUCAAGCAGUUGUUGGUGAUGUGGACAGCUUUGAGCAGCUGGCCUUGCAGGGUUACGAUCAUAUACUGGACAUUGAGGAUGAGAGCGGCAAAACCAUUUUGGAUGUGGCUGGCGAGCGACAGAAUGAGGCACUCGUCAACUUUUUGAACAACUUACGUGCUAUGGAGGAAGCGCGUGAGGAGCUGCAUCAAAUGAUACGCGAUAAGAAUUUGGUACGCAUAAAGGAGCUGACUGCCGUGCCCAAUGCCAAGUGGCUGAUCAGGACCAAAAACUACUAUGGUCGCACUGCUCUGCACAUAGCUGUGCUCAAGGAGUCCGAGGAAAUGGUUCAGCACUUGGUGCAGCUUUGUCCUGAGGCACUCAAAGUCACGGAUAACCUUGAACGCACUGUUUUGCAUUAUGCUUUGGGCACCAAUUUCUGCGAGACAGUCAGUCGUAUUCUUAUACAGAACGGCGCCAAGCGCACGGCAAAGGAUCUCAAGGGUAGGCAGCCGAGCUACUACUUCAUUAAUAAGGCGGACAUACUGCGGCUACAGGAGGAGGAGGAGGAGAGUCGCUGAUCAACAGUAAUUUAAGCAAUUCUUAGUGUAUAGCCAUC